UUUAUUUGUUUUGUAGUGAACGUUACAAUUUCUGAACACAGAGAAAAAAAUUCUGACUUGUCUUUUGCGGUAGAUAUUCGAUCAUUAGUGAUGGAUUCAAGUGAAGCAUUCGGAGACUUGUUUGCUGAAAGAGAAAACAUAGCAAAAGCAGACCCUGCCGUUACUUUAAUGUGUCGUCGUUAUGAGCCAACGCCACAAAUUGACGUUUCAGAUGGCACAUACGGGUUGUCUGGAUUAUUCACUUUACCGCAAAGCGCUAAGAAGGUACCACUUAUUAAAUCAGAGCGUAGUGAUGGUCGUUUUAAGAAGGGAAAGAAAAAGUUGGAAACUGUGUUAAAGUAUAUGAAAACUAUAUUUCAUAUUACUUUCAUCCCUGCACUCUUUUAUUUGGCAUACCGCCGGUCUAAAUUGGAUGGAAAAAGUAUUAAUUGGAUAAAUGCGCUUCCGUUUCUUCGUUUUAAGUAGUAGUUCCUAAACUACUCUUCAGUUACUGUUAAUUAUUUAGACUAUAAAUUUCAAUGUUGGUUUUCGAUUCAAUGACACUUAAUUCCCUCAAAAUCAAAAAACUAAAAGAAA